ACACUGACUGCGAUAAGUUGAAUGAGAGUGGUUGAACUUGUCCAUUAUUUAUAAAUUAUAUGCUCCAAUAUUUUCGUAUAUUCACCGCAUAUGCAUCGGCUUAAUAGUUACUUUUUCUUUAUCAAAUGGCAAUGCAUAUUUUAAAAGACUCUGCUUGCCGUUUCAGUCGCAAUUGAACUGGCUGGUCCGCUCAGGGGUCCGCUGGUCAGUAUGUUCGAUGACGUCAAAUGACGUAGGUCCUUGCUUUAGGGCCUUGGGUCCUUGCAAUAUCACUUGGCAAUGUGAAGCAGGCUAAUAGUUGACGAUUGCGAAAUUAUUUUUGGUGGCCCUCUGAUGAUGCGUUAUGUGGUGAAUGGGGUGACUGAUUCUGAAAGACUACUUGUGUGAGCAUCCAGUGUCUCUGUCAGAGAUCACAAGGGCAAUGGUAGUUGGCGGCUGGUGACCCGGUAUGGACCAGAGCCAAGCUCCUUGCAUUGAACUGUCUAUGAAUGCAGAGGAGCGCCAGCGCACUGAGUCUACUGCCUCAAACACCAGCACCACCUCCGAUCAACCUUUACUGCCAGACGUCGCCUUCGGGCCCUCAUUCAUCAAACUGGGCUCACCACGCCCUGGACGUGAAAACCAGCCCCUGUUGGGUGGCGGCAUGGAUUUCGACUUCACCUUCAAUCACUGGCCAGAGGAUGCAGAGUUCACCGACCUGGUGCGACAGGCAGAGAUGGCCGUCGAAAACGGCAUCUACCCGGAGAGGAUAUACCAGGGCUCCAGUGGCAGCUACUUUGUGAAAAAUCCCGAAAAUAAAGUCAUCGCCGUGUUCAAACCCAAGGACGAGGAGCCGUACGGCCGGCUGAACCCCAAGUGGACCAAGUGGAUGCACAAGCUGUGCUGUCCGUGCUGUUUCGGGCGCUCGUGUCUGGCGCCCAACCAGGGCUACCUGUCCGAGGCCGGCGCCAGCCUGGUGGACCAGAAGCUGGCGCUCAACGUCGUCCCCAAGACCAAGGUGGUCAAGCUGGCCAGUGAUACCUUCAACUACACAAGAAUCGACCGGGAAAAGUCCCACCUGAAACAGAUGGUCUCGGAGAGGUUUCCCAAAGUGGGACGGAAAUUCCACCGACUGGGACUGCCUCCCAAGGUGGGCUCGUUCCAGCUGUUUGUCGAGGGCUACAAGGACGCCGACUUUUGGCUGCGCCGGUUCGAGCAGGAGCAGCUGUCGGACGAGCUGCAGACAGAGUUUCAGCUGCAGUUCGAGCGGCUGGUCGUGCUCGACUACAUCAUCCGCAACACGGACCGCGGCAACGACAACUGGCUCAUCAAGUACAACCAGCCCGACGAGCGCCAGAGCGGUGACGGCGGCGGGCCGAGCCGCCCCUCGGUGAGGGUAGCCGCCAUCGACAACGGCCUGGCGUUCCCGUUCAAGCACCCGGACUCUUGGCGCGCCUACCCGUACCACUGGGCCUGGCUGGCCUGGGCCAAGCGGCCCUUCUCCACGCAGACGCGCGACCACGUGCUACCGCUCAUAUCCGACAUGAACUUCGUGGAGGGCCUCUGCGAGCAGCUGCACCGGCUGUUCAAGACGGACCGGGGUUUCGACAAGCAGCUGUUCGAGCACCAGAUGUCGGUGAUGCGGGGCCAGAUGCUGAACCUGGCGCAGGCCCUCAAGGACGGCAAGAGUCCCGUCCAGCUAGUGCAGAUGCCCGUCGUCGUCGUCGAAAAGGCGAAGGGCGGCCACUCGGAGACCCGUUUCCGGUCCAUCAGUGACACGUUCACGCAGCGGUUCCAGCAGAAGUCGCCCUUCUUCUCCUGGUGUUAGCCGCUCGGCGGCGGCUGACGCCAGGAGGUGGAGCGUCCUGUGCUGUGUCCCGCGGGAGGUCACGGGUCGCCGAGGACUCCGAGAGAACUCGGGUCGCCAGGUGGGUGUCCCCAGUUUCCGCGGCAGACGGACGGCGGAGCGCGGGCCGCCGGUCCCCGCCGGCACGGCCGCAGCGCUGUCUUUCUGAGUGCCGACGCCCGUGCCGGGAGUGUCUGACACGGUACGGUCUACCGUCAAGGGCGGGGUCCGGGGAGUGCCUGCCGUCAAGGGCGGGGUCCAGGGAGUGUCUGUCCCUCGCGACGGAGCCGCGGCGCCGGCGGGUCGCUCUGUGGAGUCGACGUGUGUCCAAGGUGACGUUUCGCUGCUGAUGGGCGCGGUCAGGCCGCCGCUGCCGCUCUGCAGUGUGUACGUUCCAAUGUAGGACGGUCGGCCGCGGCGACUGAGAGGACAGGGCGCCGGCCUGUCCGCUGUGCUGUGUAUGUGCUUGUGUCUGUCUGUCUGUGUGUGUGACGGUGAUGUGACGGCGCUGUGCUGCUGUCUGACGUUGGACUGACGUCUGUGCCUGACGCCAGUCAGCACGGAUGCCGCAGCAGCGACGCGCCGAAUCUAUAACGUGAGGUGAAAGAAGACUAGCGAAGUCGGAAUCUAGGUCAUACUAUUAUUUGAGCGGGGAUGUUUAUUCUUCAUAUAUCGGGCUCGUGAGUGAUUAUGUAUGAAAGACAUUAACUAAAUAUCAAUUAGGUUCUGGUGGUGAGGUUUUGUAUCGUAUCGUCACCGUCGUCGAUUCACGCUGACUCUUAGCGCUAGUCACCCUGGCUGAUCUGAAGUAAAACACUUCACGUGUGCGUGAGAAGCUAUCCAAGUGUUCGUUUCCUGCACCAGUGUAGGUGAUGUGUGUGUGCUGCGGUGUCGUGAGGCCGGCUCUGAUCGGCCGGCGAAGUCCCGGUGCCGGGUUGUUGGACUGUCGGCGGCGUCGGCCCUCGGUGCUGUGCGUGUCGGUACCGGCGCCGCUCGUCGCGAUCGGGGUGGGGUGUGCCGGUAAGGGGGACAGGAAGCUCUAUUUUCACACACAUGUAUCCGCUCUCGGCCGCGGCCUGGGGUCGAGUGCUGGCCAGCCGGCAGACUGGCCGCUGCGGCGCCUCCCCCGCGGAGGAGACUUGCCACGCUGUGUGCCGCUCGGUGCCACCCCGGCCACGGACCAGCACGCAGCCUAACCUAGUCACCGGUGUUGGCCGCCUGUUCGGGCGGAUCCCCGCGCCUCCCGCUCGCCGCCUGUCUCUGCGGGUCGCCGCGCCUCCCGCUCGCCGCCUGUCUCUGCGGGUCGCCGCGCCUCCCGCUCGCCGCCUGUCUCUGCGGGUCGCCGCGCCUCCCGCCCCGCCGUCCCGUCUCCCUCCGGCCGGUGGCCCGGUCUCCAGUGCACUGGCCCGGUCUCCAGCCGGAUCACUGCAGUGUGACGGCAGAGCGCGGGGUGCCAGUGACUCCGCUCCGCUGGCGCCACGCCUCUCGGUGUGUGGGUCUCGGGAACAACCUUCUCCGGAUGUCCCUUCUGUCGCCCGGCACGACGAGAAACAACUCUAACUUUAUCUGUGCGAUAUUCCAUUGUGUGCGGCAUAUGUGAUUUAUAUAUAUCAACGCAUGCACUGACUAUUUA